GACAUUUUGGUUUGCCUCAUAUUUGCGCUCGCUUUCUUCCUCGCUCUUGCUUGCUCUGACUCUCGAAUCAAAGAGCUCCCCUUUCUCCUCCCUAUAAUAUUUAUAUAUAUCUCUCUCUCUCUCUCUCUCUCCAUUUAUGCAUUCAAGGAUUCAAGGAGUAUCCAUAAGUUGAGGGUCAAGGUUUAUUGGACUCGGAUCCUUUUCAAAAUCCUCGCUGGAGACAAUUGUAUCAAUAGGGACUGUUUACAAUUUAGUUUUUAUGCAUUUUUGUAUGACAUGGGUUCUCGAGGAAAAUUACUAUUUGAUCUUAAUGAACCCCCUGUCGAGGAUAAUGAAGAUAGCGAUGGUCUUGUCUUCCAGCCUCAGAAGGCUCAACCAUCUUCAAAUUCCCAUGCUUCAGACUUGUUUCCAGCAUCAGGAGGUCCCCAAAGAAUAUUAAACAACCAUGCAUUUUCUCAUGCAUCUUCCGUAUCAGGUUUUCAGCCUUUUGUUCGGAGUAAUCUUGGUUCUAAUCCUGAAAUUGGAGAAGAACAAAACAAAUUGUCAGAUCAAAAUUCAAAGACUACAUCAUCAUCUAAGUUAAGUAAUGUUCAGACUGCUGCACCUGUGUUGGUUUCAGGUUCUAGAGACACUCAAUCAGUGGAAAGGGAAGAAGGAGAAUGGUCUGAUGCCGAGGGUUCUGCUGAUAUAAAUGGAGUUAGUGUUUUGCAUAAACAGUUAAAAGCUUCACAAGAGAAGGGCCUACUUUCUCCUUCCCGCGAUUUUUCUGAGAACACUACCAAAAUUUCUGAUGGUACCAUAGAUAAAAGUAGUAAUCAUGUUCCUUCAACUUCCGAUCCAGAGCCAAAUGAUCGUAAAAGCAACAGUAUCCUAAAUACAGAAAGCAAUGUUAAACUUGAUACAUCAACAGAUAGUGUUCAGGAAGACACUGGGUUGCUUCCGAAACAAAGAGAAGUCAAGGGUAUUGAAGCAAGUCAUGCUCUAAAAUGUGCUAAUAACCCGGGAAAGAGGAAAAUAGAUCAACAUCUAGAAGCCAAGCUUGGGAAGAAACGUAAUAGGCAGACAAUGUUUCUUAAUUUAGAAGAUGUGAAGAUGGCUGGGCCUAUCAAGACUUCAACGCCUCGAAGGCAAGCAUUUCCACCUCCUGUAACCACUCGCAUUGUGAAGGAAGUUCAUAUUGCAACCCAAGUUAAUGAACGUGUUGGGGAAAAGCAGGCUAAUAAAGACCAGAAACAAGGUGAUGUUUCAAGUCAUGAAGGAGGCAUUUCCUCAGAAUCUGGUGAAUCAAAAUUGGACAGUAAUGGUGAUAUGAGUUCUGGGUUACUAGCUCGGCCAAACAGGCCAAACAAUGAUGGAGAUGUCUCAGCAGAGGCGUCCUUACCACCAAUUCCUAGACAUGGCUCAUGGAAGGUACCUACAGAUCCAAGGUUGCAGAGGAAUAUGCAGGUAUCCAAUAGGAAACCAGCUAUGUCUAAUCAAAGUUCUUCUGACCACAAGCAGAUGAAUAAGAAGCAUCUUUCUGCCAAGAAGCAGAAUUCUGUCAGUACUCAUCAAGACUCAUCAGUUGAACGACUUAUACGGGAGGUGACCAAUGAAAAAUUUUGGCAUCACCCAGAGGAAACUGAACUCCAGUGUGUUCCUGGUCGGUUUGAAUCUGUGGAAGAAUACAUCAAAGUGUUCGAACCUUUGUUAUUUGAGGAAUGCCGGGCUCAACUUUACAGUACGUGGGAGGAAUUAUCUGAAUCAUUCUCAAGAGAUACACAUGUGAUGGUUCGUGUCAAGAAUAUUGAAAGGAGGGAAAGAGGAUGGUAUGAUGUAAUAGUUCUUCCUGUAAACGAGUGCAAGUGGUCAUUCAAGGAAGGCGAUGUGGCAGUUCUUUCAUGCCCCAGACCUGGAUCAGUUCGAUCUAAGAGGAACAGCACUAUAUCUGAGGAGGAGGAUGAAGACCCUGAAUCUGGUGGACGUGUGGCUGGAACUGUACGAAGACACAUUCCCCUUGACACCCGUGAUCCUCCAGGGGCUAUCCUUCAUUUUUAUGUUGGGGACUCGUAUGAUCCUAAUAGGAUUGAAGAAGAUCAUAUACUUAGAAAAUUUCAGACAAAGAAUGUUUGGUUUUUAACAUUGCUCGGUUCUCUUGCAACAACCCAACGAGAGUAUGUCGCCCUGCAUGCAUUUCGUCGGCUCAAUGUGCAGAUGCAAUCUUCAAUCCUUCAGCCUAGUCCUGAGCAAUUUCCGAAGUAUGAGCAACAAUCACCUGCUAUGCCCGAGUGUUUCACACAAAAUUUUGUUGAGUAUCUGCAUAGGACCUUCAAUGGACCCCAGCUAUCUGCAAUCCAAUGGGCAGCAACUCAUACGGCUGCUGGUACAAGCAGCGGGACAGUCAAGAAGCAAGAGCCAUGGCCUUUUACACUCGUACAAGGUCCUCCUGGAACAGGUAAGACCCAUACAGUUUGGGGAAUGCUAAAUGUUAUACAUCUGGUUCAGUAUCAGCAUUACUAUACUUCUUUGCUCAAGAAACUAGCACCAGAAAGCUAUAAACAAGCUCAUGAGAGCAGCUCAGAUCAUAUCACUACUGGAUCCAUUGAUGAGGUACUCCAAAACAUGGACCAAAAUCUUUUCCGCACUCUUCCCACACUGUGUCCUAAACCUAGAAUGUUAGUGUGUGCACCUUCAAAUGCUGCAACAGAUGAGCUUCUUGCUCGUGUUCUUGAUCGGGGGUUUAUUGAUGGGGAGAUGAAGGUAUAUCGACCUGAUGUGGCUCGAGUUGGUGUUGAUUCACAAACUCGUGCUGCUCAAGCAGUUUCAGUCGAGCGUAGAACAGAACAACUUUUGGUCAAAAGUCGAGAUGAAAUCUUUAGAUGGAUGCACCAGCUAAAGGUUCGUGAAAAUCAAUUAUCUCAACAAAUCAGUAAUCUUCAGAGAGAACUCAAUGUUGCUGCAGCUGCCGUCCGUUCUCAAGGAUCUGUUGGUGUUGACCCUGAUGUUCUGGUAGCUCGUGACCAAAAUAGAGAUGCAUUGUUGCAAAACCUUGCUGCUGUUAUAGAAGGUAGGGAUAAAAUUCUAGUUGAGAUGUCACGCCUUGUUAUUUUAGAAAGCAGGUUUCGAUCUAACAGCAAUUUCAAUAUGGAGGAUGCACGAGCUAGUCUUGAGGCAAGUUUUGCCAACGAGGCUGAGAUAGUUUUCACUACAGUAUCAAGCAGUGGUCGCAAAUUAUUUUCUAGACUUUCUCAUGGUUUUGACAUGGUAGUUAUUGAUGAGGCAGCCCAAGCCAGUGAGGUAGCUGUUCUUCCACCGCUUUCUCUUGGUGCAGCAAGGUGUGUGCUUGUUGGAGAUCCCCAGCAGCUCCCAGCCACAGUUAUCAGUAAAGCAGCAGGAACACUGUUGUACAGUAGAAGUCUCUUUGAAAGAUUCCAGCAAGCAGGAUGUCCCACUAUGUUGUUAUCAGUGCAGUACAGAAUGCAUCCUCAAAUACGCGAUUUCCCUUCAAGGUACUUCUACCAAGGACGCCUUACUGACAGCGAAAGUGUUGCUAAUUUACCUGAUGAGACAUACUACAAGGACCCUUUACUUAGACCUUACACUUUCUUUGAUAUUACGCAUGGACGGGAAUCUCAUAGAGGGGGAUCUGUUUCAUAUCAAAAUACUCAUGAAGCACAAUUUUGUCUUCGUAUUUAUGAACAUCUUCAAAAGACCGUGAAGUCUUCAGGCAUAGGCAAAGUUUCUGUCGGUAUAAUAACACCAUACAAGCUCCAAUUGAAGUGCCUCCAACGUGAGUUUGAGGAGGUUCUGAUCUCUGAAGAAGGGAAGGAUCUGUAUAUUAAUACUGUUGAUGCUUUCCAAGGUCAAGAAAGGGACGUGAUUAUCAUGUCUUGUGUGCGUGCCUCCAACCAUGGCGUUGGCUUUGUUGCAGAUAUUCGUCGAAUGAAUGUAGCACUGACUCGUGCCAGGAGGGCCCUGUGGGUAAUGGGUAAUGCUAAUGCUUUGAUUCAGUCUGAAGAUUGGGCUGCGCUGAUCAAUGAUGCGAAGUCAAGGAACUGUUACAUGGACAUGGAAUCUCUCCCCAAGGACUUCCUCGGACAGAAGGGGUCUACUCAAUCUACUUUGCCUGGGAAGAACUCUUCCAACAUUAGGGGUCUGAGAUCAGUUCUUCCAAGACAUAGGACUCUGGAUAUACACGUGGAGUCCAGGUCUGGAACACCAUCGGAAGAUGAUGAGAAAUCAAACUCUGCGGUAAUCCCUAGGAAUGGAAAUUACCGGCCUUCUAAGGCGGCGGUAGAGAAUUCCCCAGAAGACUUUGAUCAGUCAGGUGACAAAUUGAGAGAUACUUGGCAUUAUGGUAUGCACAAAAGACAAAGUUCUGCUGGGACUAUUGGGAAGAGAGAUAUUUAAUAAUGGCUUUUGAAUUGGUUUUAAUGGUUCAGAGGAAACCUCUUGGUUAAUGUUAUGUGUGCAUCCUCAUGAUGCUAAGCUUUUGAGCCUACCUUGCAUGCUGAUCCUUAGCAGUGUCUGAGUAUGUGAUUGACUCGGAAAUCUUAAACCUAAGUAAUUGAAGAUAAGAAGAGCAAAAGCAUACAGUAAUGAAAUAAGUUGCACAGCAUCUGCAGACAUCUGUUCUGAGGGGGGAGGGAUCCAUUUCUUUGAUUUAGUGGAUCCUUUUGGGUUGGCAGCAUAAUACCUUAAGGUGAGCGUGCUGUUUGAGGCUCAUCGUGAAGUUGGGCCACUUAGCUUCUUUUCCUCUCAGUAUUAUGUAUGCAGGUUUAGGGAUCAAAUCACGGCACCUGGAUGUUCCAUCACGAGAACUCGAGAGCUACGGGCUAAAAAUGGGAAUUGAAUUGGAUGCUUGUGGUCAGUGGAAUUACUGUCCUCAAUUGCCGUAACUUGCAAAAUGGUCUUUGAUGAUUAACCCUCGUGUAGAUGGAGACCAACUCUCUGGGGAGCUGGCCGAGGUAAAUUCACACGUUAAAGAUGUUCAAAACAUUGGUUUGGACAAUAAAAUGCACGAAAAGAUGACAGUUUAGGCAGGUAAGAAUGUUUAGGGUUGCUGCAAUGUUGUGUUUUCUCGACCUUUUUUGAGGAAACACACUCUGCUCAGCCCUUGUUUAGUUUGAAUAUGGUGCGAGGGAGCUAAAGUUAUAUGGGGCUAAAGCAGGUUGGAAUAGAAAACAAUUUGUACAGAAACUAAUGGCCUGGGGGAGCAGCAGCAGGGGUUGUGUUUGAAGGUGUCAAAAUCUUAGAAUUGCGUUAAUGCCUAAUUGACAUGUACAUACCAUACCCCCCCUCUUCAUUUGAAAUUAUAGUAAUUCUUUUGUUGGCAGUUUCCAUCCCUUUUCUCUACCUAAGUUGUAACUGUGCCUACCACAUUUAAUAUUUGUAUGAAAUUGUGCAGUGCAUAUGUGUUAUUCUUGAACAGGACAAACUCUACACAUGGGACUUGGGUUAAUGCCCCAACCCAUGGCCGGUGUGCCUUCUUUUUAGUAGCUUGCGUAUUGAAUUGAUCAUUCCCUCUGUUUUUUUUUUUACUUUAUUUUCUUUUUAGUCCACACAAUGGUCGACGAGGAUGUUUCUUUACCACAUUGUUUAAUUCAAAAGGCUCUU